UCAAAAGCCCUUUAUAAAACAAAAUGUGGAAACAUGGGUAUGCCCAUAUUGUAAUCUCUUCUCUUUUCUUCAUGUGACUCUGCCACCCUUCUCCACCCAGCCAAUCAAUGUCUUCCCCUUCCCUCUUCUUCUUCUUCAUUCUCCUCUUCCUUCCAUUUCUAGCUCAGAUCUCUUCUGCACAGGACCAUGGCUUACUAUCUUCAGCCACUGUCAAAAUAGAUCCCUCUUUCAAAUUCGAAAACCCUAAACUCCGCAGUGCUUACAUUGCUCUACAAGCAUGGAAGCAAUCCAUUUUCUCCGACCCGUUUAACUUCACUUCGAACUGGAAUGGCCCGAAUGUCUGUUCUUACAUGGGUGUGUUUUGUGCUCCGUCUCCGGGGAAUAAGAAACUGAGAGUUGUCGCCGGCAUUGAUCUUAACCAUGCUGACAUUGCUGGCUAUCUCCCGGAAGAGUUGGGUCUUUUGACAGAUCUAGCGCUUUUUCAUCUCAACUCUAAUAGAUUUUGCGGGGUUGUUCCGACGAGUUUUAGUAAGCUUAAACUGCUUCAUGAGCUUGAUAUUAGUAACAACCGCUUUGUCGGGAAGUUUCCGGCGGUUCUUCUGUCGUUGCCUGCUUUGAAAUACUUGGAUCUGCGGUUUAAUGAGUUUGAAGGGUCUGUUCCUUCUAAUCUGUUUGAUCGUCCGUUGGAUGCUAUUUUCUUGAACGACAACAGGUUCCAGUUCGGAAUUCCUAAGAAUCUUGGGAACUCUCCGGUCUCAGUUCUUGUUCUUGCUAAUAACAAUCUCGGCGGGUGCAUUCCGGGGAGUAUCGGAAAUAUGGGGAAGACGCUGAAUGAGAUUAUUCUGAUGAACGAUAAUCUCACCGGUUGUUUGCCGCCGCAGAUUGGUUUGCUUAAGGAAUUAACGGUUUUUGAUGUUAGUUUUAACAGUCUUCAAGGCUCGUUGCCGUCUACCAUUGGUAAUAUGAAGAAGGUGGAGCAACUUAACGUUGCGCAUAACAAGUUUACAGGUGUUAUUCCGGCGAGUAUCUGUCAGUUGCCGAACUUGCAGAACUUUAGUUACUCGUUUAACUAUUUCACCGGCGAGGCUCCGAGCUGUAGUGCGGGUAGAGGCGGAGUGGUUACGAAUGGUACUCAGAAUUGCAUUGCUGGAAAAAUGGAUCAACGAUCUGCUAUGGAGUGUUCUUCUCAAGAUGCGCGUCCUGUUGACUGUAGUAAGUUUGAGUGUACAAGGGGUGGGUCCUCCUUUUCACCGCCGGUUGUGAAGCCUCCGGCGCCGGCACCUGCUCCUACUAAAAAGCCCAUUGUUAAACCUACACCGCCAUCGCCAUCGCCGGUUGUGAAACCGCCGGCACCGGCACCUGCUCCUACUAAAAAGCCAAUUGUUAAACCUGCACCGCCAUUGCCACCCCCGCCCACUUCUAAAUCAUCACCUUCUAAUAGAUCACAUCCUCCGCCGCCGUCAGCCCCUACAAAGUCUUACCAUUCGCCACCACCGCCUCCUACUAAAAGAGGGUCACCAACUUACGGUCAUGCAUCACCACCUCCUCCGCCAACUAAGAAGAUGUCUCCAAGUAAACGUUAUGCUCCACCUCCACCGUCCCCGGAAGUGGAUACUCCUCCACCACCACCUGUUGAGUACAAAUCUCCACCUUAUCACCACUAUGCAUCACCACCACCGCCACCUGCUGAAUACCCCUCUCCUCCAUAUCACCACCAUACAUCGCCGCCGCCACCACCUGCUAAAUACCCAUCUCCUCCCUACCACUAUGCAUCACCACCACCACCUGUUGAACACAGCUCUCCUCCCUAUCACCACUAUGCAUCACCACCACCACCACCUACUGAGCACAACUCUCCUCCUCCCUACCAACACCAGGCAUCUCCACCGCCACCGCCUGUCGAAUACAAGUCACCUCCUUACUACCAUAAUGCAUCUCCACCACCGCCAGUUGAAUACAGAUCACCUCCAUACCAACACAAUGCAUCUCCACCGCCACCACCUCCUCCCACUCAUGAGUCUUACCCACCAAAAACAGAAACCCCACCUCCACCGCCAUCACCCGGGUGUAUAACAGCUCCUCCACCAUCAUCCACACCAAGCUACCACCCCUCACCAUCACCUCCUCAACGGCAUUGGAACUAUCCACCAUCAUCACACCAAAGUCCCCCACCACCACCACCUCAAGAAUACUCAUAUUCCUCACCGCCACCACCUCCCACACCAUCUCCACCACCACCAGUCGUUGAUCUUACACCACUUCCCCCCAUUAUAGGAGUGUCAUACGCAUCUCCUCCGCCUCCAACAAUUCCAUACUACUAAAUCUCGGUUAUAAUUCUUUUGGUGGUGCUGUAACAUGCAACGAGGAGUACUGAUUCCAUACUCAUGUGUGCUUUUUUUUGUUUUUAUGAUGAGAAGUUUAAUAUGUAGCAAUAAUUUAAUUAAUUAUAUAUUUCAUUUUUACUACAUCAACUUAAUUGUAUUCUUAAGAUAUACUAUUAUGUAUUUAUGUUUGUAUA